GAAGCGGCGAUAAAGCAAAGAAGACAAAGUCGCAAUCUCCAAAAGACCAGGCUGUCAUCACUCCUGCGCGAAGGCUGUCUUUUGCCGAUGAUGAAAAGACAUCAGGCACCAAAGUUUCGAAGGUGGCGACUCGAUUUGUGAAGAAGGGACCGCAGGAACCCUACCACUACACCAAUGCGAUGCAUGAGCCUGCUGAUGAGAAAGGUCUCAAGAAGCCUAAGGAAAGCAACCCUCAGAGACAAAAUACUGUCAAGUAUGACAACGCAAAAGUACAGGAGGCAAAGAAAGGAGGGCAAGUGAGAGACAAGAAAGUGUUGGAGGUUGAGGAAGUGCCACCAAAAGACUACGGGAAACACUCAGCAAGCAGCAAAGGUCCAGUGGAGACAAAGGCAAAGGUGUCACCUGCCUCCAAGCUUGCACAGGUGAAGAGAAACCAUGAUGACAAGAAGGCCACAGCCAAAAAGCAACCAAGUGGUGAGACAAAGACGGAUUCAAAGAAAAAAGUGAAUUCGAAGGGUGAGAACAAUGCGAAGGAAGAGUCAGCAAGGAAGACGGCAAAAGAAAAGAGCACUGCCGCUACCAAGGAAGACAGUUCAAGGAAAGCAGAGAAAGGAGCUGCAAGCGCCAAGAAGCAGCAAAGCAAAACAGAACAGAAGUCGAAGGGGAAAGCUGCCGACAAGAAG